AUGAGUAACCACGUCAAUGGCAUGGAGGAUCGAAGCGUCCACCGCAUGGUUAUCGACAAGUCUACCCCUGCGUCUGACAAAGAUAGCCCAGUUGAUUACAGCAUUCUCCGCAUGCCCUUUCUUAGACGCAUCACAACAGAUUUGCAAGAAGCUUGGCCGGUGUUGCAAUCUGCUUUAGAAGAGUAUGACAUUUCAUGUGCAUUGGAUAUGGAUCGGUAUUUCAUCACAUUCACGACAACCAGGACUAAGGACCCAUAUGCUAUUCUCAAGUCUAGAUAUCUUCUUCGACUUUUGUCCGCAGCUGUUCCUGCACUUCAGGCAGUAAAAGUAUUGAAUGGAAUUCCAUGUCACCUCAUCUACACUGGGUAUCAUAUAGGUGGGCUUUGCAAAAAAUUUGGGAUCAAGAUGGAACUUUAA